AUGAGCGGAAGAGGCAAAACUGGUGGCAAGGCCAGAGCAAAGGCUAAGACCAGGUCGUCCAGGGCUGGACUGCAGUUCCCCGUGGGCCGCGUGCACAGGCUGCUGCGUAAAGGCAACUAUGCCCAGCGUGUGGGUGCUGGUGCGCCGGUCUACUUGGCUGCCGUGCUCGAGUACCUGACUGCUGAAAUCUUGGAGUUGGCCGGUAACGCUGCCCGUGAUAACAAGAAGACCCGUAUCAUCCCCCGCCACCUGCAGCUGGCUGUGCGUAACGACGAGGAGUUGAACAAGCUGCUCGGCGGAGUGACCAUCGCUCAGGGUGGUGUGCUGCCUAACAUCCAGGCUGUGCUGCUGCCCAAGAAGACCGAAAAGUCCAAGUAAAUUGGCUCCCUCUGAAUCUAUGAAAAAAGGCUCUUUUAAGAGCCACCCAAAUAACUUAAAGUAAAUUCCAAGUUGC